UUUUCUCCUGUCGCUUCCGGGCCUUGGCAGCCAUUUCCCGCUUUGCUCCAGCGGUGUGUUCUACGGGACGCUCCGGGGAGGAAUUUUUUUUAUUGAUCUGCAGUUUGUUGUGAGGCUGCGGUCGCACCAUGAGUUUACCACUGAAUCCAAAACCCUUCCUUAAUGGCCUCACUGGUAAGCCAGUUAUGGUAAAGCUGAAAUGGGGGAUGGAGUACAAAGGCUACUUGGUAUCAGUGGAUGGAUACAUGAACAUGCAGCUUGCAAACACAGAAGAAUAUAUUGAUGGUGCAUUGUCUGGACAUCUUGGAGAAGUUUUGAUAAGAUGCAACAAUGUGUUAUAUAUACGUGGGGUAGAAGAGGAGGAGGAAGAUGGAGAGAUGAGAGAGUAAUUGGAAUUAUUUGGAAAACCCUUUGUAUAGUUUCAUGAAGAAAAGGAUAACUUCAUUUAUUAUGAAGGCAUUUUUUACAGCAUUUUUCUUUUUUUUUUAUAGUUGUUUACACUGCAUUCAGUGUUUGUUCUUUGAAAUGUACUUUAUUGUGUUAGAACAAUAAAAGAUAAUUGCAUUG